UAAAGAUGUUAAUUUUUAAAUUAAUUUUAUUUAUUUUUUGUAAACAGUUUUGCUGUUUUUACCUAGGCUGGAGUGCAAUGACACAAUCUCAGCUCACCACAACCUCCACCUCUCAGGUUCAAGUGAUUCUCCUGCCUCAGCCUCCCAAGUAGCUGGGAUUCCAGGCUCCCGCUAUGAUGCCUGGCUAAUUUUUUGUAUUUUUAGUACAGAUGGGGUUUCAUUAUGUUGUUUAGGCUGGUCUGAAAGUCGUGACCUCAGGUGAUCCACCCAUCUCGGCCUCCCAAAGUGCUAGGAUUACAGACACGAGCCAGGUAGUUCUUUAAGUUUUAAAAUUAUACUAUUUGCCCCUAGCACCAAGAUUGUGGUCUCAAAAUACCGUUGCCCAGUGAAAGGAAACAAGGCUUCCUGGACAAAGUGCUGAUUCCAGGUCUAGGCCAGAAAUGUGUAAGGAGCCUGGAACCUAUUAUCACUCUGGAUAGCAAAGAAUCUAUCAAAGAUUAGGAUGAUUUCAACAUGUCCGAAGGGCCAAUCUGAAGGGCCUCCUUCUAACCAAAGAUAGGACAUUUUGUACAUUAGUAAGGAUAAUAGUUGCAGUGAAUUGAGAUAUAUCAGAUAUGUUUGAAUAUCUGCAUUCAUAAUGAUCCUUUUGAAAAAAUAAAAGUGGGCUGGCACAGCUCCUCGUGCCUGUAAUUUCAACACUCUGGGAGGCUGAGUUAGGAGGAUCACUUCAUCCAGGAGUUCAAGACCAGCCUGUGCAACACGGGCACUUUGUCUCAAGAAAAGAUUUUUUAAAUUACUCAGGUUUGAGGGCCCGUGUCUUUGGUCUCAGCUACUCAGGAAGCUGAGAUGGGAGGGUCACCUGACCCUAGAAGUUUGAGGCUGUAGUGGCAUGACUGCUUCUCUGCAUACCAACCUGGGCAACAGAGCUAGACCCUCCCUGUCUAAAAAAAGUAUCAUUAGGCCGGGUGCGGUGGCUCACGCCUGUAAUCCCAACACUUUGGGAGGCCGAGGCGGGUGGAUCACGAGGUCAAGAGAUCGAGACUAUCCUGGUUGAAAUGGUGAAACCCCGUCUCUAUUAAAGAUACAAAAAAUUAGCUGGGCAUGGUGGCGCGUGCCUAUAAUCCCAGCUCCUCGGGAGGCUGAGGCAGGAUAAUUGCCUGAACCCAGGAGGCGGAGGUUGCGGUGAGCCGAGAUUGCGCCAUUGCACUCCAGCAUUGGUAACAAGAGUGAAACUCCAUCUCAAAAAAAAUAUAUAUAUAUAUAAUUAAUAGAAGUGGUCACCAUUGAAGGAUAUAAAUGAAACAGCCCAUGAUUUUGAAAAAUGGUAAACAAGAAAUUAAGCCAUGAACUGGUGUUUUCUAUAUAAGUUGUACAAGUGAGUAACGGUUCAUAAGAAGCAGCAUCUCUUUUUUAUAUUUACUUCAUUUUUUUCUUAAUGCAAGGCUCUGCUUGGGGUAGCAGUGUCUCUUUCUUCAUGCACGGCCCUUCUUAGGGUAGCAGUAUCUCUUCGACGGGUGGCAGCUCAUAAACGAAGAAGGAAUGAUACAACAAUGCCUUCAUUGUUCAAUCCGUAAUUGAUCAGUGGCCAUUAACACCACCAAUUAAAAAAAAAAAAGAUCUCCAGAGAGUACACACCUCCUCCCAGAAGAAACUAGCACAGCCUUUUUGCCCUGAAUCAAGUCCAGCCUGAAUCUCACCAAGUCUUGAGAUUAAACUAAUAUAUCAAAACUAGAACAAAGUGAAGAGCAAGUUAACCAACAUCAUAAGAUACAAUUAGCAAAAUUCACAGUAUGAGAAACAGCAUAAUGAGAAUACACUUAGCAUAAUUCAAAGUGUGGGGAAAUGGCCUGAUUUAUUCAAUAAAUGGAUUGCAAGGGACAGCACAGAGAUGAAAGUGGGACGCUGUCAGGAUCAAAAAACCCUAAGAGGCGAAUCACACAAUCCCAAAGGGAGACUUUAUUUGGAUCCUGAUUCAAACAAUAAAUACAUGAAAUGACUGGAAAUUUGGAGCUAGAAGGAGAGUUGACAGUGAUAAAGAGCAAUGGUGUGAGAUGGUUGGUUGAUGAUGGUAUUGGGAUUCUAUUUUUUAAUGACUUGUCUCCGGGCACGGUGGUUCACACCUAUAAUCUCAGUAGUGUUGGAGGUCAAGGUGGAAAGAUCCUUUGAAUCCAGGAAUUGUAGACCAGCCCAGGCAACAUAGCAAGACCCUGUCUCUACUAAAAUACAAAUAAAAAGAUGAGCAGGGCAUGGUGUCAGUCUGUAGUUGCAGCUACUCAGGAAGUUGAGGCAGGAGAGGCCACAGUGAACCAAGAUCAUGCCACUGAACUCCAGCCUGGGUGACAGAGACCUCGUGGUGAAAGAACAAACAAUCAUAUCUUUUACAGACAUCCACCAAGAAGGUCAGGGAGGAAAUUCUGUAAUGUGUGGGAUUUGCUAUAAAAUCACGAGAGGAAGAGGAGAAGCAUGUAGGAGCAUACAUGUAACGAGAUUGGCCGUCAGAUUACAAAUAUCUGAAUCUGCUGCUGAGUAGGUGGAAGCUCACUACACUAGCCUCUUGUUCCAAAAAGCUCUAGAAUAGAAAGUUUGUCUAAAAAUCCACUUCAGGGAUUUGUAACAAGCAUUGAAUAAGAUCAUGUAUACAGAGUGUUUUCUCACCACGGCUUGCAGGUAGUCAGCACACAAACAUGGUUCUUAGUUUUGUAUAGUCCCCGUUUAUGAAUCACACCCAAAAAAGGUAUGUUGUUCACACCAAGAGCUCUGGCCCAUGGACCUUUGUCCACUUGGUGGUAAUUCAUUGGACUCUGAGGUUUAGAAUGAGGAAAUACCAGCCUUCAAAGCCCCAGGCCUGCUAUGAAAUAGCAAAGCCAAUGGUCCCAGAUGCCUUCGUAGCACACCUAGUAAGUAGGACCCUUUUCUCUCACCUUGUAGGCACACUUGAGUCCAUGCACUCAUUUUCCAUUCAUUUCUUAUAUGCCGUGUAUUGGGUACUAGGGAUCCAUAAUACAGUGGACCCACAAUUGACUGGAAGCAUCGCUUUCAAAGCAUCAUUUCAGGAUGAGUAUUUCGUGUCAAGUGGAUUCAAGGAACAGUGCGAAGGAUCCAUGGCCUCAAUCACCAUGAAGAGCCUCCCAAGAGCCAACCGUCCUGGGCACAUGUAAGUGAGUGGAGACAUGGAACUCACCCUUACAAGGCCUAGAACCUGACAGAUCAUACAAGACAGAAGCCCAGAUAACUAAGAAGGGGACGCUGAAGGUGAGAGUCCCCUUGUGGAUCACCCAUGGGGAAUUGUCUAUGCCCCAGCGCUGGCCCCAGUUGUGCCUGCUGUGAGCCUCGUGGCCAGUCUGUGGCAUCUACCACUCCAGAGCCUGCCGUGUUACAUACUGGAGUGGUGGAGGUCCAGGACGCGCGGCCCGGAAAAUCAAAGAGGCGCAAAGGUUUGGCUGGCCGCGCCAGGAGCUGGGCAGCAAAAAGGAGGCGUAAAAAAAUUUGCCGCAAAGAAAAUGAAGCUCCCGUUCAAGACCCGGAGGAGGGUACGACCGAGGGGCCUCCGGAGGAGACAUCACCUCAUGAGGAUGCAGCCUGUGAAUAUCACCACCCUCCCGUUCAAGACCCGGAGGAGGGUACGACCCAGGGGCCUCCGGAGGAGACGUCACCUCACGUGGUGGCCGACAUGAAGAAGAGAAUUGACAGUGUGGGGUGCCUGGAAACCGCAGAGGAGGUGAAGGGGCAGGUCCGGGAGGACCUGGAGGGCCUGAGCCAGCGGUACGAGGAGAUGGAGAAUACCAAGACAUGGCUGCAGCAGGAGCUGGACCACCAGCGCCAGAGGGUGUGCAACCUGCAGGAGAAGCAGAAUAAGUUUGACCAGCUCCUGGCAGAGGAGAAGACCAUCUCUGCCAAGUGUGCAGAGGAGCGUGACUGGGCCAAGGCCGAGGCCCGAGAGAAUGAGACCAAGGCGCUGUCGCUGGCCCAGGCCCUGGAGGAAGUAAUGGAGCAGAAGGUGGAGCUGGAGCAGCUCAACAAGCAGUUCCGCAUGGAGAUGGAGGACAUCAGGAUCUCCAAGGGCCAGAGCGUCUAUAAGCUGAAGUCCAGGCAGGCUCUGAAGCAGCAGGUGGAGGAGAUGGAGACCCAGAUGGAGGAGCUGGAGGAUAAGUUGCGGGACACUGAAGAUGCCAAUCUGCAGCUUGAGGUCAACCUGCAGGCCAUGAAAGUUCAGUUUGAGCGGGACCUGCAGGACCGGGACAAGCAGCAGCAGCUGGUCAGACAGGUACGGGAGAUGAAGGCAGCGCUGGGGGACGAGAGGAAGUGGCACUCCAAGGCAGUGGCCACCUGGACGAAGCUGAAGAUGCACCAGGAGGCGCACAUCAACUUGGUUAACAGGAAGCGGGAUAGAGCCAUCGAGCAGAUGCGGAAGUGUCAGGCCCAGGUCAAAGACUGCACACAUGAGCUGGAUGACACCCGCGCCUCUCGUGAGGAGAUCCUGGCCCAGGCCAAAGAGAAUGAGAGGAACCUGAAGAGCCUGGAGGCCCAGAUGAUCCAGCUGGAGGAGGAACUGGCAGCCGCGGAGUGUGCCAAGCGCCAGGCCCAGCAGGAGCGGGACGACCUGCUCGUGGUCCUGGACCACCAGCGCCAGAUGGCGUGCCACCUGGAGAAGCUGCAGCAGAAGUUUGACCAGCUCCUGGCAGAGGAGAAGACCAUCUCUGCCAAGUAUGCAGAGGAGCGUGACCGGGCCAAGGCCGAGGCCGGAGAGAAGGAGACCAAGGUGCUGUCGCUGGCCCGGGCCCUGGAGGAAGCCAUGGAGCAGAAAGUGGAGCCGGAGCGGCUCAACAAGCAGUUCCGUGUGGAGAUGGAGGACCUCAUGAGCUCCAAGGGCAAGAGGGUCCAUGAGCUGAAGUCCAGGCGGCUUCUGGAGCAGCAGGUGGAGGAGUUGAAGACCCAGCUGGAGGAGCUGGAGGAUGAGCUGCAGGACACUGAAAACGCCAAUCUGCGGCUGGAGGUCAACCUGCAGGCCAUGAAGAUCCAGUUCGAGCGGGACCUGCAGGACCGGGAUGAGCAGAGUGAGGAGAAGCAGCAGCAGCUGGUCAGACAGUUGCGGGAGAUGGAGGCAGAGCUGGAGGACGAGAGGAAGCGGCACUCCAUGGCAGUGGCCGCCCGGAAGAAGCUGGAGAUGGACAUCGACUCGGCCAACAAAAACCGGGAUGAAGCCAUCGAGCAGCUGCAGAAGUGGCGGCUCCUGGCAGAGGAGAAGACCAUCUCUGCCAAGUGUGCAGAGGAGCGUGACUGGGCCAAGGCUGAGGCCCGAGAGAAUGAGACCAAGGCGCUGUCGCUGGCCCAGGCCCUGGAGGAAGUAAUGGAGCAGAAGGUGGAGCUGGAGCAGCUCAACAAGCAGUUCCGCAUGGAGAUGGAGGACAUCAGGAUCUCCAAGGGCCAGAGCGUCUAUAAGCUGAAGUCCAGGCAGGCUCUGAAGCAGCAGGUGGAGGAGAUGGAGACCCAGAUGGAGGAGCUGGAGGAUAAGUUGCGGGACACUGAAGAUGCCAAUCUGCAGCUUGAGGUCAACCUGCAGGCCAUGAAAGUUCAGUUUGAGCGGGACCUGCAGGACCGGGACAAGCAGCAGCAGCUGGUCAGACAGGUACGGGAGAUGAAGGCAGCGCUGGGGGACGAGAGGAAGUGGCACUCCAAGGCACUGGCCACCUGGACGAAGCUGAAGAUGCACCAGGAGGCGCACAUCAACUUGGUUAACAGGAAGCGGGAUAGAGCCAUCGAGCAGAUGCGGAAGUGUCAGGCCCAGGUCAAAGACUGCACGCAUGAGCUGGAUGACACCCGCGCCUCUCGUGAGGAGAUCCUGGCCCAGGCCAAAGAGAAUGAGAGGAACCUGAAGAGCCUGGAGGCCCAGAUGAUCCAGCUGGAGGAGGAACUGGCAGCCGCGGAGUGUGCCAAGCGCCAGGCCCAGCAGGAGCGGGACGACCUGCUCGUGGUCCUGGACCACCAGCGCCAGAUGGCGUGCCACCUGGAGAAGCUGCAGCAGAAGUUUGACCAGCUCCUGGCAGAGGAGAAGACCAUCUCUGCCAAGUAUGCAGAGGAGCGUGACCGGGCCAAGGCCGAGGCCGGAGAGAAGGAGACCAAGGUGCUGUCGCUGGCCCGGGCCCUGGAGGAAGCCAUGGAGCAGAAAGUGGAGCCGGAGCGGCUCAACAAGCAGUUCCGUGUGGAGAUGGAGGACCUCAUGAGCUCCAAGGGCAAGAGGGUCCAUGAGCUGAAGUCCAGGCGGCUUCUGGAGCAGCAGGUGGAGGAGUUGAAGACCCAGCUGGAGGAGCUGGAGGAUGAGCUGCAGGACACUGAAAACGCCAAUCUGCGGCUGGAGGUCAACCUGCAGGCCAUGAAGAUCCAGUUCGAGCGGGACCUGCAGGACCGGGAUGAGCAGAGUGAGGAGAAGCAGCAGCAGCUGGUCAGACAGGUGCGGGAGAUGGAGGCAGAGCUGGAGGACGAGAGGAAGUGGCACUCCAUGGCAGUGGCCGCCCGGAAGAAGCUGGAGAUGGACCUGGAGGCUGACAUCGACUCAGCCAACAAGAACCGGGAUGAAGCCAUCGAGCAGCUGCAGAAGUGGCGGGCCCAGGUCAACGACUGCACGCGUGAGCUGGAUGACACCCGCGCCUCUCGUGAGGAGAUCCUGGCCCAGGCCAAAGAGAAUGAGAGGAACCUGAAGAUCAUGGAGGCCAAGAUGAUCCAGCUGGAGGAGGAACUGGCAGCCGCGGAGCGUGCCAAGCGCCAGGCCCAGCAGGAGCGGGACGAGCUGGCCGACGAGAUCGCCAACAGCCGCGGCAAAGGAGCCCUGGCAGCCCUAAUCGAGGAGCUGGAGGAGGAGCAGGGCAACACGAAGCUGAUCUAUGACCGCCUGCAGAAGGCCAUCCUGCAGAUCGACCAGAUCAACACUGACCUGAACCUGGAGCGCAGCCACGCCCAGAAGAUCGAGAACGCUCGGCAGGAACUGGAGCAGCAGAACGAGGAGCUCAAGGUCCAGCUGCAGGAGGUGGAGGGCUCUGUGAAGUUAAUGUACAAGGCCUCCCUCACUGCCCUCGAGGCCAAGAUCGCACAGCUGGAGGAGCAACUGGAGAAUGAGACCAAGGAGCGCCAGGCAGCCUGUAAGCAGGUGCGUCGGACAGAGAAGCAGCUGAAGGAUAUGCUGCUGCAGGUGGAUGAUAAGCGGAGGAACGCCGAGCACUACAAGGACCAGGCGUGGGGACCUGCCGUUUGCCCCGACAAAUGCUCAGAGGAGGUGGAUGGCAAAGCGGAUGAAGCUGAGGCCAAACCUUUGAAUAAGCCUCCUCUCCUGCAGCCUGAGACACAUGGACAGGCGGACACUGCAGCCUCCCCUUCCCAGACCCUGCCGCACACCUCCCUCGACCUUGGGACUGUUGUGAACGUGCCUCCCACCCCCAUCCCGUCUCCCUCCAGGCCCGAGGGUAGUUUACCUGCACGGUAGAUGCAGUAUGGGUUAAAAAUCUGCCACCUGCAGAUAUUUUUGAAAGCAGAAAAACAAAAAGGUUUUCUUUUUUCCCUUUUCUACUAAUAAAAAAAAUUCUGAGGCUUUCUCACUGCCUUUCUUUAGAAGAGAGUAGCUCGUCCUCACUGGUCUACAUUGGUUGCCGAAUUUACCUGUAUUCCUAACCGUUUUCUAUAUGCCGUGUUGAGCCUUACGGCAAGAAGGCAUUUUUUUUUAAAGGAAACAAACUCAAAUCAUGAAGCGAUACGAAAGCUGCAUAUGCCUACAAGGCUCUGAAUUCAGGUCCCGGUUGCUGUCACAAAGGAGCGGGUGGAACUCCCGCCCUCCCCUCUAUUUUAUAUAAUAAAAGUGCCUGAGCAUGUGUUGCAGCGGUCACCACUGCAGUAAGCUGGUCUACAGAUGUUUUCCACCGUGCGUCACAAUAAACAGUGCCAUGUGCUA